AUGGGCGUCUUCUUUGUGAAGAUUGGCCAGACGGCCGCUCAACGUCCUGACAUUGUUGGUGACGAAGUGGCCGAAGAGCUGAAAGGUUUGCAGGAGCAAAGCACGCCCUUCAGUGAUGAGGUGGCGCUCAACAUUUUGGCGGAAGAUCUGAAGCAUGCCGGUCCUUUGGCCCCCGGGGUCCAAGCCGCAAACUGCACGCAGCCAGAGGGGGAGCCCCUCCUUGUGGAACUGAAUCCGAAGUACGUCGCUUCUGCAUCACUGGGACAAGUAUAUCGUGGCAGGAUGCAUGAUGGGCGUGAGGUAGCUCUGAAGAUACAGAGGCCUGGAGUACGGGAAGUCCUGGGCCUGGAUUGGGCAGUUGCCACAUUGGUAAGCCGAGCCUACCAGAAGUUGGUCUCAUCGCCCAAUGAUUACGGAGCUGUCGUGGAUACUGUGGCGCGAGGAGUUCGAAUGGAGCUGGACUACUACAACGAGGCUGCAAAUGCGGAAGAGUUCGCCCAGCGCCAUGCCUUUCUGCCUUUUGUUACGUCACCUGGGUGCAUUCCUGAGCUCAUGGGCCCUCGUGGGAGUUCACGCGUGCUGGCAUUGAACUGGUAUCCCAGUCGCUCACCCAAGGAACUCUCCGUCGACGAGCGUAGGCUGUUGGUGGAGAUGGCAGUGGAAGCAUGCGUUGUACAGCUGCUCGUGACUGGUUUUGUGCAUGCGGACCCGCAUGAGGGCAACCUUAGGAUGGGCGAUGAUGGCCGCGUUGUUUUUCUAGAUUUUGGUCUCAUGGACCGCGUGGACUUCGGAAUCAUGGAGAGCUGUGCGGCGGGCGUCCGCCAAGUUCUUGACAAAAACUGGUUAGACCUCACCACGACGUUUCAAGAAGUGCGCUUCACCCCGAAGCCGCUCAUGAAGAACAUGGCUUAUGGGAAGUCCAAAACCCCUCUCUACGAGCCCUGUGGCAACGAGGAGUUUGCCAUUGCUGUAGGGGAGCAGAUCGAGAAGGAGGCAGGUGGCCAGUCUCGGUUUGGAGCCAUGGCCGUAGCCUUGAAGAAGCUUUCAGAUCGGUACUUGAUGCUGACCCCGCCGUUCAUCGCACUUCUCUGCCGGACGUUCAUUACACUGGAGGGCCUGCUUGCAGAUGACCCUGCCCUUGUUGAAUCAUACAAUGUAUAUCAGAAGUCCCUGCCAUUUGCCAUCAGCCGCUUGCUCUCACCUCGCACGAGGAAGGGUUGCAGAGCCUUGCGCGGCACUUUGCUUUCCGCAGAAAGCGAAGGUGCUGAGAGCACGUCCCCUCUUCCAAACUGGUCCAGCCUAAGCUCUCUCUUCACUGCCGGGUCUGGCGACGAUGCGCCGCAAGGUGACAUCAAGGACCUGCUUGAGUUUGCCGACCUCGGAGCAGAAGCUGCUGUACAGCGACGCUUGCUCAGAACCGCCGAGGGGGCAGCCUUGCGGCGGGUGCUGUUUGACAUGGACUUCUUUGAGGCUUGCAGAAGCUUCCUCACCAGCCGGGAUGCGGCGCCCCUGCGUACCGCAGCGAUUCGGUCCCUGGCCAGCAAAUGGUCUGCCGGUAGAAGGAAGAAGCAAGGUCAGAAGCCACGAGGCCCUCGUAGUGCAGCAGCCGCCAGGGGCUGGGGCACUUGGUCGGAGGACGAUCCGUUCCGCCUAUCAAAGACGACGCUUAAACACUCCCGACAUGCCUGGCGGAUAAUUGUGAGGCGGCAGCUGCAGAAGUCCUUCCUGCCUCCAUGGCGGCUGUUCUGGCGAAUGCUUGUUCUUUGGGUGCAGGACCGGUGUUACCGGCUGGCUCACUCCUUCUGCUGCGAGCUGCGUGGCAAUCCCGUUCCAGGGGCUCGUGAGGCGAGGUGCGCGGAUUCAAGUCAUGUCUAUGCAGAACUUUCGAUCAACCAUAAAGCCGGUCUGAUCAAGCAGCCAGUGGGAAAUACAGGCCCCGGGCAGGAGGCCAACGCCCAUGCAGAACACCGCGCAUUGCACGUGGAGCCAGCGAUGAGCUGUUGCAGUGGAUCUGCGGGGCUGGCGGCACAGGAUCCGUGUGAUGUGGAUGGGCGCGGUUUGCGUGGCCUGGUAGUGACGAAGCCAGUCCAGACUGGUGACCUUCUUCUUGAGGUGCCCCUGAAGUUAACUUUGGCUGAUGGUUGUGAAGGCCCCUCACAAGGCCCUGUGACUGCCGGGCCGGCCUGGAGCAAGCGAUUGCCUUGGAACGUUCAGUUGGCUCUGGGAGUGCUCCAGAGGAGACAAGAUCCAGAGUGGCGGCCUUUUCUUGACAGCUGGCCACCUGCACCCGUCCUACCCAAAGACCUGGAGGAUGAGGAUCUAGAAGAGGUGCAGGAUGAGGACUUUGAAGUCAAGGCAGGCGGAACAUUGUUCUGGGUUGAGGAACGCUAUGAGGAUGCUCUUGCCGCCUGGGAGGAAGCUGGCGAGACAGGGACGUUUUGGAGUGAAGAGGAUUUCCGUUGGGCCAUUGUGAAUGUGUGGAGCAGAUGUUGUCGCCUUGACCUGCAAGACUUGGGAGGCAUCCGGCGCCUUCUGAUUCCACUGUUAGAUAUGGGAAAUCACGAUACAGAGCCCAGUGCUGUUUUCGAUUUGGGCGGCGAUGGUAAGGCAGUGUGCCUCACUGCGACGCGCGAUCUGCAGCCCGGAGACGCCGUCACGUAUUCGUACGGCGAGCACCCAAAUGAGCACUUUGCCUUGUACUACGGCUUCGUUCCUCAGCUAAAUCCCUACGACUACUUCAAGGUGCCGCUGACGAAGGUCCUCCAGUGCUUGACGCUUGUGGGCUUUGAAGGUGCCGGCAACUGGCAGGAGGCCAGGCUGCGGGAGGUGGAACGCAGUGGCGUGGCCGCGGGCGACCUGAAGCUGCGAGCUCGGGCUCCUCCACAGGGCCUGUUGCAGGCCCUUUUCGCGCUGCUGCCAGAGGCCUCUGAGGCGGUGGUCCUGAGGGCGGUGGCCGCUACCUGUGAGUGCCUGGAAGCAGAAUAUCCGACGACCUUGUCGGAGGAGCUCUAA